CGAGAUUCCUGUUUCGUUCAUCCAUCACACGGCAUUGCAGUGUAAUUUUUGGAAACGAGGUACCGGAAUGUUGAUACCAGCAGUUUGGAGAACAGAAGUCGUCAACCAUUUGCACUGCACAACCAACAAGCACCCCUGUUGUCUCGGAUUACGUUCUGAAGUCGGUCUAGUUCCACAAAGAGGACGAGAGAACGGGUGCCGAUCGCGGAAACUUUUCGAUUUUCACUCGCAUUUGCACGAACGGCCGGAGUGGCACUCGUCUUCCUAUCCAUCGAUUUCUGCAGCGCAAACCACAACCGUGGCUAUAAGCAUGGAGGCACACGAACCGAAGUGCGCACAGCAAGAGGCUGCAGAACUGCCUCUUGUAUCUUCCAUCGAUGCUUCUGCUGGUCCCGCCGAUCUGUCCACGAUUCUGGAAAGCCUGGAGCCGAGAGAAGGCGGUAAACAAACAAGCGGCGGCGGGGGCGACCAACCAAUCUACCGCAUGCCCGCCGAGUGGGAGCCACACUCCGCGUGCCUGAUUCUCUUUCCCCACAACCCCAACACAUUCCGCGUGGACAGGGCCUCGGAAGAAAUCCUCGCCCUCGCCCUGGCGAUUGCCACCCACGGGGGGGAGGCCGUCUGCCUCCUCUGCAAGGAUGCAAGCCAUGCCGAAGGGGUUUCCGAUCGGCUGCGCGGGUUUUUGCCAAAGGGUUCCUGCGCACCGAUCGGCGUAGGCGUCUGUCCCAGCGACGACACCUGGGCACGGGACACCGCCCCGACCUUUGUGUUUUGCCGCGGCCGGAACGAUCAACGCAAUCGCCUGAUCGGAAUGGACUGGACCUUCAAUGCCUAUGGCGGGCCGGAAGAGGGUGCGUACUGGCCGUGCAAAAGGGACCAGCGGAUCGCCCGCGCCAUUUGCUCCGAGACGACCGUGGCCGUAGAUCCGGCCCUCCGGGGGGCUCACGGGGGGCUCGGCAGCGGCAGCCUGGCGGGGUCUCUGUCCAUUUCCGGUUCGCUCUCGGUCCCCCUCGUCCUCGAGGGGGGUUCCUUUCACACGGACGGGGAGGGAACCCUGCUGACCACGGCCGAGUGCCUCCUCAACCCCAACCGCAACCCCCACUUGUCCAGGGAAGACAUCGAGGCCGUCCUGAAGCGGGCGCUGGGCGUCUCCGUGGUGCUCUGGCUCCCCUAUGGCCUGCGGAACGACCACGACACGAACGGCCACGUGGACAACUUCUGUGCCUUUGUCCGCCCCGGGCACGUGGUGCUGGCGUGGACGGACAACGAAGACGAAGGGGGCGACGAAGAGGACGGAGACGCUACCAACUACGAGCGCUGCCGCGCCGCCCAGAAAUACCUGGAAUCCCACACCGACGCCAUGGGCCGGACCAUCGAAAUCACCAGGCUGUGUCUGCCGGAUCCGCCCCUCGCGUACACGGAGGAAGAAGCGGCAACGAUCGGGCAGCCUUCCACCGGCGACAGCGAUGCCGCGGCCCUGGCCCGGCUCCCGAACGAACCCAUGGCGGCCUCGUACGUCAACUACUACGUUGCCAACCAGGCCGUGCUGGUGCCGCAGUUCGCGGCGCCGGGCGAAAGCACCGACCACGACCGGUCCCUGCGCGAAACGGACCAGAGGGCACUCGACACCCUCCGGCUUCUGUACCCGAACCGGACCGUGGUGGGGGUGCCGAGCCGCGAAAUCCUGCUGGGGGGAGGGAACAUCCACUGCCAGACGCAGCAGGUUCCGGCGUUUGUCGAACAAGGGGGUUUUCGGUAGCGCAGGCGUGCGACACAAACCAUUGGAAGGGGAGGCAUCGAAUCAAAAAAGUCUUUGGCAAAAACCACGAAAAGCAUGCUGUCACAUUUCAAUCUGUUGGACCUUAUAGUAUGGAGUUUAAAACGGAAUAGCAUUGUAAUUUUGUUUUAGAAGCAAGAAAUUACAAAGCAAGUG